AUGUCCUCCAUUGUGUCUGAUGCUCCUCUCAUUGUCACCAUUCCUCACAAGGAAGCAGCACUUGCAUGUUGUGAUGAAGUUGAUCCUGUUGCAAAGUCGAUAGGGGCGGUUAAUUGCAUCGUCAGGCAUCCUGAUGGGAAGUUGGUUGGUUGCAAUACAGACUAUGUUGGUGCAAUUUCUGCCAUUAAGGAUGGCCUUCUGGAUUCGCAUAAUGGCUCUACGGGAAUUGGGUCGCCCUUGACUGUGGCUUUCUUAUUGGAUAAGCACAGGGGAGUAAGUGCCAUUUCUUAUGAAUUUGUUCCAUAUGUUUUUUAUGGUGCUUAUGUUGAUGUAGAAGGCUAG